GCGACUGAGAAACAUUUUCCGGGAAAUCGAGUGGAUAAGAAAGCUCAGAAUUAUCAAAAUCAGAAUCAGAAUCAGAAUCUCACUGAGAAUGUGUGUCUGUGUGUUUGCUUGCACACACCAAUUGCGAGUGUAAGCUUUAAUGGCGAUCUCAGCAUGAGCUCGAACGCAGCGAUGUCGUAGUCAGAAUCAGAAGUAGCCAUGACUUUGAGCACAGAGUCUUCUCCUUCCUCUUUGGUGUGGAAAUUUUCUCAGGUUUUCGGCGAACGAAGUCCCGGAGAGGACGUUCAAGAUGAAUGAUUGAAUUCUCUUACACAACCUACGAAUCUCUCCAGGAUGCUGACAUCAUAUCGUCGAUUGAAUUCGAGAAGAGUGGUGAUUAUCUUGCUGUUGGAGAUCGAGGUGGUCGUAUUGUAAUUUUUGAAAGGAAGGCUAAUAAAGAUAGUUUGGGUGAGCACCAUACUCAUUUGGAGAAAUUGGAUUUUGUGGACACACACCAUCCAGAAUUCCAAUAUAAAACUGAAUUUCAGAGUCACGAGCCAGAGUUUGAUUAUCUGAAGAGCUUGGAAAUCGAAGAGAAGAUUAACAAAGUGAGAUGGUGUGCAACACCUAAUGGAUCACUGUUUAUUCUUUCAACAAAUGAUAAAACUAUAAAACUGUGGAAGGUUAAGGAGCAUAAAGUGAAGAAAGUUAAAGAAAUGGACUUCAACCCAUUUGUAUGUCCUGAAAAUGCGCUUUUGGCUGCGAGUUAUGUCAGUGGGCAACAUAAACCAUCUUUUGGUAAUGGUUAUUUUUUAGAAUGGACAGAAAAAAUGACGAACAACACAUCGCCAUCUCAUGAAGGGGAUACCGAGGUAGCAAAUAUUGGAGAUGGUGCUCCUGCGAGAUGUCGAAAGGUGUAUGGUCAUGCUCAUGAUUUUAAUAUUAACUCUAUCUCAAAUAAUAGUGAUGGUGAGACAUUUAUUUCUGCGGAUGACCUUAGGAUAAACUUGUGGAAUCUUGAGGUCAGUGAUCAGUGUUUCAAUAUUGUUGACAUGAAGCCAUCAAACAUGGAGGAUCUUACAGAGGUGAUAACAUCUGCUGAAUUUCAUCCACUUCACUGUAAUCUGCUCACUUACAGCAGUUCAAGGGGAUUUAUUCGGCUAGUAGACAUGCGGCAGUCAGCAUUAUGUGAUCACAGUGCAAGGAUAUUUCGAGAUGGGGAAUCCCGUGGCUCUAAAUCAUUUUUCACGGAAAUCAUCGCAUCUAUAUCAGACAUAAAGUUUUCAACUGAUGGAAGACACAUUCUAAGUCGUGAUUAUAUGAAUUUGAAGCUAUGGGAUAUGCAUAUGGAGACUUCUCCCGUUGCAAUAUUUAAGAUUCAUGAGCACCUUCGCCCCAAGUUAUGUGAUUUGUAUAACAAUGACGCAAUAUUUGAUAAAUUUGAUUGCUGCCUCAGUGGAGAUGGACUUCAUUUUGCAACUGGAUCUUAUAGCAACCUACUGCGUAUUUUUUCCAAUGGAGUUGGAAGUGAAGAAGGAAUCACAAUGGAAGCUAGCAAAAAUCCGUGCAGGAAGCCACAUCUCCAAGCUGCUUCAAGGGCUAGAAGGUCAUCCCUCAGCAACUUGACUCGUGCAUUUUAUCGACAAGCUUCUUCUGUUCCUUUCUCCAAUUUUUCAGGUCAUGAAAACUCUAGCUCGGGAAGUACUGACUUUUCUUGUAACUUAAAUUCUAAGCUACUGCAUCUGGCUUGGCAUCCAAGAACGAACUUAAUUGCUUGUGGUGCUGGGAAUAGCUUAUUGCUGUACUAUGCAUAGUUCCACGUACUUCUAAGUGAUUCUGACGAGUAUUACAGAUCAAGUAACACAUGGAGGUGUCAUGUUCAAGUAAUACUAUUCAGAUGAUGCAAUCAAAUUAAGGUUUUUUCUUUGUCAACAGCAUUAAUAUGCAGGCUUUCUUUGCCAUGUUUGCCAACCCCAAGGAAAUUAGAACAUCCCAACUAGAUUUGGUUCGACCGCAGGGAUGAGGUGUUUUCUUAUCAGACAUGAUACCCAGGUUCGACUUUGAUCAUAUGCGAUGCAUCUUUUUUUCCCUGUUAUUCCUCUACUUCAGAUUGUAUUUGUAAUUAAAAUAUUUUAUUUUUUUUUAAAAAAAAAAAAGAAAGAAAAGGUAUGAAUUAUGAUGAAGUGCAAAACAUGGGCAACCCAAAGAGGGUCCCGAGAAAGGUAUGAAUAGGCAACAGUGCGCGGAUCAGAUAUUAUGUAUGAUCUUUUUCCAAUAGGUCUGGAAAGGUAUGCUCAGCUGUGCUGUUUGUUCCCUCUUUUGUUCUUGACCUUACUUAUCCAUUUUUUGUGGGAAGCCUCUCAAUCUGUAGUUUUGAGAGUUUCAAUAAUCAAAUGGUUACCGAGUCUGGAAAAGAAGUUCUGCUGCAUUCACUUUGCUCAUGAAAGAGGCUUUGAUUAUGGAUCAAGAUCAAAUAAUAUCUGAUAAAAUUGCAGAUAUAGCAUUUAAGGAAAAAGCAGGUGUUAUCUUUUUAUCUUUUAGUGACUUGACUUGUUUGGCUGAAUGCAAUUGUACACUCUUGAGGUUGGUUACAUUUUCUCUUGUUGGUUUCUUGCUUCUUUUAUUAAUUUGUUUAAGCAACA